AUGGGAAUCGAACAUCUACCCACGGGGGCUACCUUUGAUCAAUUUUCAUUUGGCGCUGUGGAUCCUCGUACAGCCAUCAGUUAUAUGCCACCGGAUUUGAUUACCAACGUUGUCAUCGCCAACACGCCCCAACUAGCUCUCUCGUUUCUGUACUUCAGCUAUAAUGCUCUCUUUACCGCCAUGCUGAUGGGCUACGAAUGGGUGUCUUAUUCAAGCAAGCGUAAAGGCCUUCGCGUAACUCAUCAACCUGCCGGUGCUCAACGGUCGACAUACUUCCUCCAGCUACCCUAUCGCUUCGGUAUACCUCUCAUGGUGCUGAGUGGCACAUUACACUGGCUGGUUUCGCAAAGCAUCUUCCUGAUCGCCAUCGACUUUUACGACCCAUUUGGGAAACCGGGCGUUGAGGAUAAUGCAGCGGACAUGCUUUUCGAUUACAAGACUCUGGGCUACUCGCCGCCGGCCAUCAUAUCAGUGAUAGUGUUGAGUGGACUAAUGGUCAUCAGCAUAGUUGCUUUCGGGUACACACCAUACAAGCGUGGAAUGCCAAUUGUGGGCAGCUGCAGUAUGGCCAUCAGCGCAGCGUGUCACCCGACAGAACAGGUUGGCAGUGGUGAGAACAUUGCCGAGAAGAAACUGCAGUGGGGCGUUGUCAGUACUGGUACUGAUGGACUGGGCCAUUGCGCUUUCUCGGCAGAAGAUGUGGGAGCAGUCGUUGAAGGCAAGAUUGGUCUGGCAAUAUACGUUCGCCACCACGGCUGCCUGGCGAUGAUGUCGACAGAGAACAACAACGUUGAAUCCAUAGAAGAGCCCGAUGCGCAGCUCGCCCUUUUCAUCACGGCUACACACGAGAGCUUCGCAGUAAAUCACAAAGAAGUCAACAUGCCAUUAUGCGAUCUUUGCCAGUCGUUGGACUUCCUCGACAUCCCUAAGCUACCGCCCGAUUACAAAAUCCACACUAUCACUCGACGCGACUACCCGUGUCUAGUCCAAAUCAGUAGCCAACCUCUCAGGGACCUCUGGAAGAACAAGCAAGACCGUCCAAAGGAUCAAGAACCUGUCGGACUACCCUUCCACCAAUCUAUCGAAGACCUCGAAGCCGCCGCUGCCGAUGACUGCGCAAUCUGCAAGACCGUACAGCACGAUGUCGCGCAGUUUCAAUCCGACUUCAGUGGGGCGAAGAAGGAACCUGGAAUUCGUGCCGAGCGUGGCGGAGGACCGGAUUGGAAGAUGUGUCUCGUUAGGGGUGUGAAUGAUACUGGGGGUUUCAUGGUGGUAUCAGUCGAUACGAAGUAUUGGUGUCAGGUUUGGGUGAUUGCUGCUGUGGGGUUGUGUGCUGAUUGUAAGUAUCUAAGAGAUUUGGUGAAGCUGUUGGUUGCUCCGACUAAUGGUGUUGUAGACGGCGAUCCGUUGGCCGCUGUCGUUCGAGGUCGCAAGACACUCUCCUCGUCGCCGCAUACACUUGCACAUGCCCUGAACUGGGUACGCGAUUGCGACAAACAACGGACGGAUCGGCGCUGUCAUGUCGAUACGGCACCUCUUCCGGCUCGUGUCUUGGAUAUACGAGACUCGACGCCGCACAGAGUAGCUCUCUAUGCGCCCACCGAAGGAGAAAUGGGACGGUAUGCAGCACUGAGUUAUGUCUGGGGCGAGUCAAGCCCGUUCGCAACCACACGUGCCAAUAUCGAAGCCAACAAGAGGGGUAUCGAUACCGACCAGCUCCCAAAGACGUUUCAGGACGCCAUCCUCAUAGCCAGAGAAAUGGGAAUCGGCUAUCUAUGGAUCGACUCCCUCUGUAUCUGUCAAGACGACUCAGAAGACUGGUCGCGCGAAACAUCGCGCAUGGCCUCUGUCUACUCAAACGCCUACAUCAUGCUCUCCGCAACCGGUUCUCCUUCCUCUACAACUGGGCUGUCCAUCUUCUCUCCCAACCGCCCAGCACCCAUCUACUCCCCUUUCGAAUACACAACCACAACCGGCAUCAAAGGAACUCUCCAUGCUUUCUCCUCCUCGCGCGAAACAGCCGCAAAGCCCUCCUGGGCCGGAAACAACGCAAUGCUAAAGACCGAACCACUCAGCCAACGCGGCUGGGCGUUGCAGGAACGCUGGCUCGCACCGCGUGUGCUACAUUUCGGCACGGAGCAGAUGUUCUUCGAGUGCUACUGUUCCUUCCUCAGUGAGCAGGGUUUCUACCUGCCAGGGCGAGUGGAUACCCUAUUCCCAACUACAUCCCACAUUCCCCCUUCCUCUCCGGAUAAACCUAUCCCAGACAACCCCACGCUACAUUGGCACGCAGUACUAGACGCAUACUCCCGCCGUUCUCUAACCAAACCUUCGGAUAAACUGCCUGCCCUCUCUGGCCUCGCACGCACGUACGCUUCCCUACUCACUUCUCCAACCACCUACCUCGCGGGACACUGGUCCGCAACCCUACUCCAUGACUUAAUCUGGCAAGCCGUCGGCACGACAACCGCACCGGCAGUAUACCGCGCACCAAGCUGGUCCUGGGCCGCUAUCGACGGGCCGUUUGGUCUCUUCAGCCCGAACUCAGAGUCAUACGGAGAGGGCGAGGGGGAGGGAGUUGUGGGCCGCGAUACUGUGGAAGCAUGUGAGGCCUAA